CAAGCUGGGGCUCAGAUGGGCAAUGCAUGCUGGGAGCUGUAUUGCUUGGAACAUGGGAUCCAGCCAGAUGGACAGAAGCCCACUGACAAAACAAUUGGAGGAGGAGAUGAUUCCUUCAACACCUUUUUCAGUGAGACUGGGGCAGGAAAGCACGUUCCCAGAGCUAUCUUUGUUGACCUGGAGCCUACUGUCAUCGAUGAGGUGCGUUCAGGAACCUACCGUCAGCUAUUCCAUCCUGAGCAGCUGAUUACAGGAAAAGAGGAUGCUGCCAAUAACUAUGCUCGGGGACAUUACACCAUCGGCAAGGAGAUCAUUGACCUGGUCCUGGAUCGCACUCGAAAACUGGCUGAUCAGUGCACUGGUCUGCAGGGAUUUCUGAUCUUCCACAGCUUUGGAGGAGGCACUGGCUCAGGUUUCACCUCCCUGCUGAUGGAGAGACUUUCCGUUGAUUAUGGCAAAAAGUCCAAGCUUGAGUUUGCCAUCUACCCAGCCCCCCAGGUUUCCACUGCAGUGGUGGAACCUUACAACUCCAUCUUGACCACUCACACCACCCUGGAGCACUCCGACUGUGCCUUCAUGGUGGACAACGAGGCCAUCUACGACAUCUGCCGCAGGAACCUUGACAUUGAGCGCCCGUCCUACACCAACCUCAACCGGCUCAUCAGCCAGAUUGUGUCUUCACUCACAGCCUCACUUCGUUUUGACGGAGCCCUGAACGUUGACCUGACGGAGUUCCAGACCAACUUGGUGCCAUAUCCUCGUAUCCACUUCCCCCUGGCCACCUACGCCCCUGUCAUCUCCGCUGAGAAAGCUUACCAUGAGCAGCUGUCAGUUGCCGACAUCACCAACGCCUGCUUUGAGCCAGCCAAUCAGAUGGUGAAGUGUGAUCCCCGUCAUGGUAAAUACAUGGCCUGCUGUCUGCUGUAUCGUGGCGAUGUGGUGCCCAAAGACGUCAACUCUGCAAUCGCAGCCAUCAAGACCAAAAGCAGCAUCCAGUUUGUGGACUGGUGCCCCACAGGCUUCAAGGUUGGCAUCAACUAUCAGCCUCCGACUGUGGUUCCUGGUGGAGACCUGGCCAAGGUGCAGAGGGCCGUGUGCAUGCUGAGCAACACCACUGCCAUCGCUGAGGCCUGGGCCCGUCUGGACCACAAGUUUGACCUCAUGUAUGCCAAGAGGGCCUUCGUCCACUGGUAUGUUGGGGAGGGAAUGGAAGAGGGGGAAUUCUCAGAGGCCAGGGAAGACCUGGCUGCCUUGGAGAAGGAUUACGAAGAGGUGGGUGCUGAUGACAUGGCAGAGGAGGAUGAUGGAGAAGUGCUGCUCCCUUCCGCCAAUGAGCUGUGCAGCUGCCUGCUGUGGUUUCCUGCCUGCCCCCUCCACUUCCCUGCCUAUAUAAACCCUGACUCUCCCUCUCCUCCACACUUCUGCCCUGAGUCUGAAUCCUCAACGUCAGUCGCAGGACAAGCAGACACAAUGCGUGAGUGUAUUUCUAUGCAUGUCGGCCAAGCCGGAGCCCAGAUGGGCAAUGCAUGUUGGGAGCUGUACUGCCUUGAACAUGGGAUCCAGCCUGAUGGACAGAUGCCCUCUGACAAGACCAUUGGAGGAGGAGAUGACUCCUUCAACACCUUCUUCAGUGAAACAGGAGCAGGAAAGCACGUUCCUAGAGCGAUCUUUGUUGACCUGGAACCAACUGUCAUCGAUGAGGUGCGUACAGGAAUCUACCGUCAACUGUUCCACCCUGAGCAGCUGAUUACAGGAAAGGAGGACGCUGCCAAUAACUACGCUCGAGGGCAUUACACCAUCGGCAAGGAGAUCAUUGACCUGGUUCUGGACCGGACUCGUAAACUGGCUGAUCAGUGCACUGGUCUGCAGGGAUUUCUGAUCUUCCACAGCUUUGGAGGAGGAACUGGCUCAGGUUUCACCUCCCUGCUGAUGGAGAGACUCUCCGUUGACUAUGGAAAGAAAUCAAAACUUGAGUUUGCCGUCUACCCAGCCCCCCAGGUUUCCACUGCAGUGGUGGAACCUUACAACUCCAUCUUGACCACUCACACCACCCUGGAGCACUCCGACUGUGCCUUCAUGGUGGACAAUGAGGCCAUCUACGACAUCUGCCGCAGGAACCUUGACAUCGAGCGCCCGUCCUACACCAACCUUAACCGGCUCAUCGGCCAGAUUGUGUCUUCAAUCACAGCCUCACUUCGUUUUGACGGAGCCCUGAACGUUGACCUGACGGAGUUCCAGACCAACUUGGUGCCAUACCCUCGUAUCCACUUCCCCCUGGCCACCUACGCCCCUGUCAUCUCCGCUGAGAAAGCUUACCAUGAGCAGCUGUCAGUCGCCGACAUCACCAACGCCUGCUUUGAGCCAGCCAAUCAGAUGGUGAAGUGUGAUCCCCGUCAUGGUAAAUACAUGGCCUGCUGUCUGCUGUAUCGUGGUGAUGUGGUGCCCAAAGACGUCAACUCUGCCAUCGCAGCCAUCAAGACCAAACGCAGCAUCCAGUUUGUGGACUGGUGCCCCACAGGCUUCAAGGUUGGCAUCAACUAUCAGCCUCCGACUGUGGUUCCUGGUGGAGACCUGGCCAAGGUGCAGAGGGCCGUGUGCAUGCUGAGCAACACCACCGCCAUCGCUGAGGCCUGGGCCCGUCUGGACCACAAGUUUGACCUCAUGUACGCCAAGAGGGCCUUCGUCCACUGGUAUGUUGGAGAGGGAAUGGAAGAGGGGGAGUUCUCAGAGGCCAGAGAAGACAUGGCUGCCCUGGAGAAGGAUUACGAAGAAGUGGGCACUGACAGCCUGGGAGACGAGGAUGAAGAAGGAGAGGAGUACUAAAGAGCCAAACCAUCAUCACGCAUUCCAAAAGUUAGCAGAAAUGUAACACAUUCCCAACAACUUCCUGAUAACCUGUUGUGUUGACAUGUCAGUAAUAUCAAUAAAAAGCUUACCCGAA